ACAAAUCCAGUAUAAUGUAAUUGUAAUGCAGUUUGCUGCAGUGUUUGAAUGUUGAUUAUUUUCUGUGACAUUCUUAGAACUUGGGAGGUUAAUGGUCUGUGUUUACUAGCCUGAAACUUCAGGAUUCAGAUCAUAUUCUUUGCAACACAGGAAAUCUAAGAUGGAGAAACUGAAAAAGGUCUCGCCUUUUAGACUCUCUUCUCUGAUCCGUCUCGAGAAAAACCCUAAACUCGCCCUGCAACUCUUCCUCAAUCCCAACCCUGGACAGACCCAUAACGCUUCUCCGAUUCGCUACUCGAUCCUCUCCUAUGAUCGCAUCAUCUGCAAGCUCGGCCGUGCCAAGAUGUUCGACGAAAUGGAGACAAUCCUCGAGAAGUUGAAGGAAGACACUCGUGUGAUCCCCAAAGAAGUGAUUUUUUGUAACGUUAUAUCAUUCUACGGCCGAGCUCGUAUGCCCGAGCGAGCUGUCCGUACUUUCCACAGAAUUCCAGAUUUCAGAUGCCCUAGAACGAUGAAGUCUGCGAAUAGUUUGUUGAGUAGCCUCUUACUUUGUCGGGAAUUUGCAAAAAUGGAAGAAAUCAUUUCGUGUUUUGGAAAUUAUGGUUGUCCGGAUGUUUGUACGUAUAAUAUAUUGAUCAAUGCCUGCUGCAUUCUUGGUGAUUUAACUAAUGCAUGGAAUGUGUUUGAUGAAAUGCGGAGCAGAGGACCUUUGCCUAAUGUGGUCACUUUUGGGACACUAAUUAACGGGCUUUGCUCCAAUCUUGAGAUGGAAAAGGCGAUUGAGUUGAAGGAAUGUAUGAUUAGGGAAUUUAAGUUGAAGCCUAAUGCUUAUUUAUAUGCUGCCCUAAUCAAAGGACUUUGUAAAGAUAAUAAAUUGGAUGUGGCAAUAACCAUGAAGGAGGAGAUGUUGAGGAAGAGAGUAGAACUGGAUUCUGCUAUAUAUGCUACUUUGAUCAGUGCAUUUUACAAGAAUGGCCGGAAGGACGAGGUUCAAGGGCUGCUGGAGGAGAUGAACAAGAACAAGUGUAAAUGUGACACUGUCACUUAUAAUGCAAUGAUUCAUGGGUUGUCUGAAGAGGGAGAUUUUGAUUCAGCAUUCGGCGUUCUGAAUCAGAUGCAAGAGCAGGAGGCCGAGCCAGAUGUGAUAAGUUACAAUGUAAUUAUCAGAGGACUUUGCAAGAAGGGGAAGUUGAGAGAAGCAAAUGAGCUAUUUGAGGAUAUGCCAAGACGGAAGUGCACGCCUGAUGUGGUGACCUACAGGAUACUCUUCGAUGGGCUGUGUGAUGGAAUGCAAUUCCGGGAAGCAGCAUUGAUAUUGGACGAAAUGGUAUUCAAAGGGCUCAGCCCUCGCCCCGAGUCUACCAGUAGAUUUAUCACAGGGUUGGUUCAAGGAGGGGACAUGGAAUUGUUGUUGAGAGCUUUGAAUACUUCGGCCCGAGGAAAUUUAAUUGGUGCAGAUGUUUGGAGAUUGAUCAUUUCUACUGUCUGCAAGGAAGAGAAACUAUUUGAAGCAUCUGAGAUUUUUAGUUCCAUGACAACUGAAUGAAGUGAUGCUGUUUCAAACAGCCCAUCAUGGCAUUCAAAAGCCAUAGCCAGCAGCUCCUGCACAGUCUCUAAUCAGAUUAUAUGUUUUUUAAUACACGCAACCAUCAGGCGUGAUUAAUAGCUGGAUGCAGAUUGAAGCCGCUCUCUCCAUGUUCCAACCAAACACACCCUAAUAUUAUACAAGAUUUUCUGUCAUCUCCGACCAAGAAAAGUAUCACUGUUGUCAAAUCAGUCAGCACUAUCUUGUGGGAAAAUGCAUGGAAGGAAGGAAGAAUUUUGUAACCAGAAGUAGUCUCAAACUGCACUAAGCUAAACUUUGCGUGCACACUAUAUAUAUGGGUUACUGCAGAUGAUUUGAGCAGGCAAGUGAGAUGGCCAAAUAAUUGGAGGCUUAGCAUAAAGCUAUGGGGAAUUGUUAAGAACAGUGAAAAUAUAGUGUUAGGAGUAUAGAGAUAUAAUAGAGAGGCCGGCGGCUUAGUUCAUCCAUACCUACCCAACUUCCACGAGGCAUUCACUGCACAAAAACAAAUUAUUCCCUUUGUUUCAUUUCAAACAUUGAAUCUGACUUAUAUAUCCAACUUUAUUGGACCUUUGCAGGCAUGUCUUUUCCCCUCUGCCUCUUCUUCCUAUACAUUAAAGGUGUCAAAUAGACAGCUUGCAGAUAUAUACAAGGAGCCUGGAUAUAUGAUGGCUUGCCCCAACGCGGUUUUGCUUGUCUUGAUGGUUUUGUUGGCCUGUCACGCAAUACCGAUGGAAUCAAGAAAGGUGAUGAAAAUGGAGGCGAGUUUGGUGGUGAUGAAUGCCCUCCCGAAAGGUGAUGUUCCGCCUUCGUCUCCAAGUGAUAAAGGUCAUGACAAUGGCGAUAAUGCUGUGAUUGGGCAUGGUGGUUUGCCGUCGGUUCAAAGCCGUGUGGGUCGAAAUUUGGAAUCGAGACCUAGCCCGGGAAUUGGCAAUUAGUUGCAUUGGACAUUUGGAGUUCAAUUCUUCGGUGCAUAACACAGCAGUUCUUAGAGAUCUAUGAAAUUUGUUCCCAGAUAAUAGAGUACUCAAUCUAUAAACUAGAUGGUGAAUUGGUGAUGGUGUGUUCUAAAGUGAGAGAAUAGGGUCCGCUUGAUUAGAUGUUUACAUGUAUAAUUAUCUAAAUGAAAAUUUUACAAUAAGCAUAUUCCGGAAUUCUGUCAAUUACUUGUAA